AUGAAAUCAGCGAUGAUGGCUGGAGCGCCGAUAAUUGUCCGGCAAGUUUACGAAUACAACGCGAUUGCAGAAUUCGAGCUAAUCGAGCAGUGCCUCCCCUUCUUCCCUUUGGCCGCCUUUGACACCGAGUUCCCUGGCACCAUCUACCACCCACCAGACGACGCCGUCCCCGGCCACCUCCUCCCCCCCGCCGCCUUCUACUCCCUAAUGAAGAAAAACGUGGACGCCCUGAACCUGAUCCAGAUCGGCCUCACCCUCUCCGACGCCGCCGGCAACCUCCCCUCCUUCGGCACCCACUACCGCUCCAUCUGGCAGUUCAAUUUAUGCGACUUCGACCGCCACUUGCACCCCCACAACCCCAAAUCCAUAUCCCUCCUCCAGCGCCAGGGCAUCGAUUUCGACACGAACAGACUCGCCGGCAUCCACUCCAUCGACUUUGGCCGCCUCUUCUGGGCCUCGGGCCUCGGCGACAGGUCAUUCGGGCCCGUGUCCUGGAUUACCUUCCACGGGCCCUACGAUUUGGGCUUCCUCGUGAAGGCCCUGUCCGGGGGGCAGAGUCUGCCGGAAAACUUGAACGGGUUCUUGCACCUGGUGAGCACGUCGUUGGGGAGUCGCGUGUAUGACGUGAAGAGCAUGAUUGGGUCGUUUGGGCUGCACGGCGGGCUCGAAAGGGUGGCCAAGAGCCUCAAUUUGGGCCGGGCUGCUGGGAAGAGCCACCAGGCGGGGUCGGACAGCCUGCUGACGAUGCAUGUGUUUCUGGAGCUGAGGAGAAGGUUGUUGGAGGAUGAUGAUGUUGAUGAUGAUGAUGAUGAUGAGAAAGGGAUGAAUAUUAAAUGGUUGAACCAUUCUGUUUAUGGUCUCGGCCAUAGUGGCUUGACUUCUUCAUCUUCUUUUUGUAGACUUAUGUUGGAAUCUGUAUAA